AUGGGUUCCAAGACACCAGAAGAACACCAGCAGGGUCCUGACGGUAUGCGAUCCUCGGCUGGCGCAAUCGCCGACAUCAAUCCUCCCAAGACAGCAGCAGCUACAGGACUUGUUUCUGGUGUGCUCGAAGGGCAAGACGAAGACGGCGAGGAUGCGGAAGAUGACAACACCCAAUGUGACAUGAAGACCGAAAACAGCAAGAACAAGAAAAAGAGGAAGAAUAACAAGAAGACAAAGAAGGACGCUAGUGGGCAGCAGACAACCCCACCCAGGGUCGCACUUGCCAAUGUCUUUCCUGACAACAAGUAUCCUGAGGGCGAAGUCAUCGAGUACGCAGUCAACGAUGACAAUCUCAAGCGUACCACGUCCGCAGAACUGCGCCAUCAAGAUGCCAUCAGGAACAUGGAUGGAGACUUCCUGCGUGACUAUCGCAAAGCCGCUGAGAUACAUCGUCAAGUCCGUCAAUACGUGCAGACCAUCGCCAAACCAGGUGUGACGAUGAGCAAGCUCGCCGAUGAGAUUGAAGAAGGCGUCCGAGCAUUGACUGGUCACCAAGGUCUCGAGGCCGGAGACGCUCUCAAAGCUGGCAUGGGCUUCCCGACUGGACUUUGUCUCAACAACGUUGGUGCUCAUUGGACUCCCAACCCCGGAGCCAAGGAUGUCGUACUUGAGUAUGACGAUGUCCUGAAAGUGGACUUCGGAGUUCAUGUCAAUGGCAGAAUUGUCGACAGUGCUUUCACUGUGGCUUCUAACCCUGUCUAUGACAACCUUCUUGCUGCCGUAAAGGCAGCCACCAACACUGGACUCAAGGAAGCCGGCAUCGACGCUCGUAUCGACCACAUCAGCGAGAUUGUCCAGGAAGUUAUGGAGAGCUACGAGGUCGAGAUCAAUGGUAAAACGAUUCCUGUCAAAGCAGUCGAAAACAUCACCGGCCACAACAUUCUGCGCUACAAAAUCCAUGGCGAUAAGCAAGUUCCCUUCGUCAAAACUGAAACCGAUCAACGCAUGGAAGAAGGCGACAUCUUCGCCAUCGAAACCUUCGGCACAACCGGAAAUGGCUAUCUCACUGACGACAUCGGUGUCUAUGGCUACGGUCGUAAUGAGCAUGUUCGUCCCAGCGGUCUGCAGUAUGCAUCUGCCAAAUCACUUCUCAAGACCAUCGACGAGAAUUUCGGAUCUCUGGUCUUCUCUCGUCGUUAUCUCGAGAGACUGGGUGUGAAGAACUACCAUCUUGGUAUGAAAUCGCUCAUUGCUAGUGGCGUUGUGGAGGAUUAUGCACCUCUGGUCGAUAUUCCUGGUUCUUAUAUCGCCCAGUUUGAGCAUACGGUCUUGCUCAGGCCCAACUGCAAGGAAGUCAUCUCUCGUGGAGACGACUACUAGGGAGCACUCGUCUGAUCGAUUUCUGAAUUACUGAUUAUGUUUCCUUUGUCCCUCCGUGCAAACUUUCAACAACUACGGAACAUCAGUUAACCACGCAUCUCAACAUGCCUCGCUUACUGCAUAUAUAUAACACCGACCAAUUACACUCGUUUACACUGCGAUCUGCUAUCUC